AUCAAACAACAGGAACAUAAUGUAUUUUUUUCAUUAUCAGUCUACAAUUGCUUACACACGUACUCCUCACGCGAAUCUGUGAAACGUCACAUAUUGUUAUUUGUAAGGACUCGGACCAGAACACCGGACUGUGUGUGUGUGUGUGUGUGUGUGUGUGAAUACUCUGAGCUCAAGCGGUACAAAUGUUUUUGUCGUCAGUAACAGCUGGAUGCUACUCGGCUAGCAAGCUGUAGCAGAGCAGCCUCUGCAGAAGGUGUCAGGUUGAAUCCGCUCUGCAGGGCUGCAAGGAUGAUGGGUCACUGCCUGACAUAACCUGUUGUGUGUGCAGUGAGUGAUCAGUGAGGAUGAGGAGCCGCAGUAACUCAGGAGUGAGGCUGGAUGGCUAUGCCAGGCUGGUCCAAGAGACGAUCCUGUGCCACCAGAACCCAGUGACAGGACUUCUGCCUGCCAGUGCCCAGAUGAAGGAUGCCUGGGUGAGGGAUAAUGUGUACAGUGUGCUGGCUGUGUGGGGGCUGGGCAUGGCCUACCGCAAGAACGCUGACCGCGAUGAAGACAAGGCCAAGGCCUACGAACUGGAACAGAGUGUGGUGAAACUGAUGCAGGGACUUCUGCAGUGCAUGAUGAGACAGGUGGCCAAGGUGGAGGAGUUCAAACGCACGCAGAGUACAAAAGAUUGCUUGCAUGCCAAAUAUGAUACUCCCACCUGUGCCACGGUGGUCGGGGACGACCAGUGGGGCCAUCUCCAGGUGGACGCCACCUCCAUUUACCUGCUGAUGCUGGCACAGAUGACAGCCUCAGGUCUUCGUAUCAUCUCAAACCUGGAUGAGGUAGCCUUUAUCCAAAACUUGGUCUUCUACAUAGAGGCUGCCUACAAAGUGGCGGAUUAUGGGAUGUGGGAGCGAGGCGACAAAACCAACCAGGGCAUUCCCGAGCUCAAUGGCAGCUCUGUAGGAAUUGCUAAGGCCGCUCUGGAAGCCAUUGAUGAGCUGGAUCUUUUCGGUGCACACGGAGGACCAAAAUCAGUCAUCCAUGUUUUGCCUGACGAGGUGGAACACUGUCAGUCCAUCCUGUGCUCCAUGCUGCCAAGAGCUUCAACUUCAAAGGAGAUAGAUGCCGGCCUUCUAUGUGUCAUUUCCUUCCCUGCUUUUGCUGUUGAGGAUGCUGACCUGGUGGCCAUCACUAAGUCGGAAAUCAUAAGUAAACUGCAGGGUCGCUAUGGCUGCUGUCGCUUCAUCAGGGAUGGAUAUCGUUGCCCUAAAGAGGAUCCAUCACGGCUGCACUACGACCCUGCAGAGCUCAAGCUGUUUGAGAAUAUCGAAUGUGAAUGGCCUGUGUUCUGGACUUAUCUCAUCCUGGACGGGAUCUUUGCUGAAGAUCAAGUGCAGGUUCAGGAGUACCGUGAGGCACUGGAAGGUGUUUUGAUCCGAGGGAAGAACGGCAUCAAACUGUUGCCCGAACUUUAUGCUGUACCUCACGACAAGGUGGAUGAGGAGUACAGCAAUCCUCACUCAGUGGACAGAGUGGCCUUGGGGCAGCUGCCACACAUGUGGGGACAGUCACUCUACAUCUUGGGCUGUCUCCUGGCUGAGGGGUUUUUAGCACCAGGAGAGAUAGAUCCUCUCAACAGGAGAUUCUCUACAAACUUCAAGCCAGAUGUUGUGGUACAAGUUUGUGUUCUAGCAGAGUCAGAGGAGAUCCAGGAGUUGUUAAGUGAUCAUGGGAUCACAGUCCAGACGAUGUCAGAAGUUCUGCCUAUCAGAGUCAUGCCUGCUCGCAUCUUGAGCCACGUCUAUGUCAGACUGGGGAACUCCAAGAAACUGAAUUUGAGUGGUAGGCCUUACAGACACAUUGGCGUCCUGGGAACAUCCAAAUUCUACGAGAUCAGAAAUCGCUCUUAUAUUUUCACCCCUCAGUUUCUAGAUCAGCACCAUUUCUACCUGGCACUGGACAACCAGAUGAUUGUGGAGAUGUUACGAACAGAGCUGGCCUAUCUUUCCUCUUGCUGGAGGAUGACAGGGCGGCCCACACUCACUUUUCCCAUCACCCGAAGCAUGCUGGUUGAAGAUGGAGAUGCACUUGAUCCGUGUAUCCUAGCAACCCUCAGGAAACUACAGGAUGGCUAUUUUGCUGGCGCGAGGGUGCAGAUGUCAGACCUCUCCAGUGUUCAGACCACUUCGUUCCACACUCACCUCAGCUUCCUUGAUGAAGAGGACGAUGACUUACUUGAGGAUGAGGAGGAUGAUGAUGAAUAUGGAGAGGAGUAUAACAUCUGUGGGCCCUCAGCUGGCUCCAAAGACAUGUUUGACCAGUACCUCACCCAGCUGCUCCACAGCACCACCACCAAGUGCCAUCUUCCUCCCAUCCAGAGGGGGCAGCAGCAUGUCUUCAGUGCUGAACACACCACCAGAGACAUCCUGUCAUUUAUGGCCCAGGUCCAGGGCCUCAACAUGCCCAAGUCUCCCAUGUAUCUACCUGUGACUCCAGUUAAAAGCAAACACCGCAGAUCCCUCAACCUACUAGUUCCUCAUCCUCAGCAUGGCCCACAUGUAAAGCAGCACAAGCCGCACAGUGCUGCUGAUCUGCACCUGCCUCGAGACUCUCAGGGUAACACAGACUUUGCAGCAUUGGUGAGGCAGCUGAAAGAGUGUCCGACCUUGCAGGACCAGGCUGACAUACUCUACAUCCUUUAUGUAAUGAAGGGAGCUGAUUGGCUGGUGGAGUUGUCAGGUCCUGGGCAGGGCGGGGUCAGUGUGGGCGCCCUGCUGGAGGAGCUGUAUGUACAAGCAGGAGCCUGCAAAGAGUGGGGACUCAUCAGAUACAUCUCUGGAAUACUACGGAAGAGAGUGGAGGUCCUCGCUGAGGCCUGCACGGAUCUGAUUUCCCAUCACAAGCAGCUGACAGUAGGUCUACCUCCUGAGCCCAGGGAAAGAGUCAUCACAGUUCCUCUUCCUCCCGAGGAGUUGAACAAUCUCAUCUAUGAAGCCAGUGGUCAGGACAUCAGUAUAGCUGUUCUCACUCAGGAAAUCAUGGUCUAUCUAGCCAUGUACGUGCGCUCCCAGCCUGCUUUGUUUGGGGACAUGCUCCGGCUCAGGAUAGGACUCAUCAUGCAAGUGAUGGCCACUGAGCUGGCUCGCAGCCUGCACUGUUCUGGAGAGGAGGCAUCUGAGAGUUUGAUGAGCCUGAGUCCUUUUGGCAUGAAAAACCUGCUGCAUCACAUCCUCAGUGGAAAAGAGUUUGGGGUGGAGAGGAGCAUGCGUCCAAUACAGUCAACAGCCACUAGUCCUGCCAUCUCUAUCCAUGAACUGGGCCACACUGGAGCAACCAAGACUGAACGCACAGGAAUACACAAGCUAAAGAGUGAGAUAAAACAGAUCUUCAGCGGCGGUCUUUCCUUGAGUAGCAAUUUCACGUCUCCUCGCUCCACGCGUUGCAGCAGUCCCUCCACUCCCAGUGGGAUCCUGUCCCCAGUGGGCACUGGUCCAGGAGAUGGACAGCUGCACUGGGAGGAGAGGCAAGGCCAGUGGCUGAGGAGACGCAGGCUGGAUGGAGCUAUCAACAGAGUACCCGUGGGUUUCUACCAGAAGGUCUGGAAGAUCCUGCAGAAGUGCCAUGGCCUGUCCAUCGAUGGAUAUGUGUUGCCCUCUUCUACCACAAGAGAGAUGACAGAGGGAGAGAUCAAGUUUGCAGUGCAGGUAGAGUCUGUCCUGAACCACGUCCCUCAACCAGAGUACCGGCAGCUCUUAGUAGAGACCGUCAUGGUUCUAGGUCUCGUAGCUGACGUGGACGUGGACAGCAUCGGUGGCAUUAUCCACGUGGACCGCAUCUUGCACUUGGCCAACGAUCUCUUCCUGAAUGACCAGAUAUCCCACAGUGCCAGUGAUUAUUUCCUUGAGAAGGACCCAGCAACCGGAAUUUGCAACUUUUUCUACGAUAGCGCCCCCAGUGGCAGCUAUGGCACCAUGACCUACCUGUCCAAGGCGUCGAUCACAUACGUCCAGGACUUCCUUCCGAGUUCCAGCUGCCUGAUGCAGUGAAAAAAGCAGACUGUCUUGCUGUUCUUGAGAAGUGUUUAAUCACUAAAGGAUCAACUGUCCAAAGGCAACAAAGCUUCUCAUUAUCAGCUCAUAAAAUACAUGUGGUGCUUGUAAGUAUUUACUCUUCAGUCAACCCUGUAGCUCUCAUAUACUGAUAUAACAUCAUAGCUUUGGCAGCUGAGUGCAAACCACUAUGUAAGAAUUAAUUUUUUCUUUGAGUCUGGACUGUGAACUUAUUUAUUACUUAUACAUUCUGCUAAAAUGUAUGCUUACAGGACUUAUGGAAAUUAAAAUUUACAUAAAAUAUAAGCACACCUCUGUGCUCUUGGUGUUGUGUGUGAGAAUAAUAUAUCAACAGUUAUCUGUCUUGUAAUCCAAUAUGUCAUAUGUAAUAAUUAUACUGAGCCCAGCAGUUAUCAGAUUUAACAUUUGGAUCAUUUUGGCACACAAAUGAUUAUAUUUCCUCAAGUCAAUAAUUUGUACUUUGUUUUAUCUGCAUUUUUUAAUAUAAUAAUUAAUUGUUCUACUGUAAUGGCUGACCUAAAUAUGUGGGAUAUAUAAUAAAAUAGAAAUCAUAAAUUUACAGUUUUUACCCUCAAAUUACUUUAUUUCUCCCUCCACAAAUUACUAAUUUGUGCAUAAGCAUUAACACAUUUUUACCUCUGAUAGCUUCCAGGCUCUUUAUAAUUCAGUGUUGAAAUGUGUAGUCUUGUAUUUUUGUGAACCUGUAUCGGAACAAGAAUCAAAGUUUUCUUGGUGUUUUUGUCUUUGUGUAUGUGUUGUGUGUUUUUUACACUGAAUGAAAAGUAAUUAAUCUGUCUGCAUACGAAUGUGUAACCCCAAGGUUUUGCUACUGAUACAGUGAGCCAACAUUGUUCAUAUAUCUCACCAUAUUUAAAGUUUAUUCAUUUAUAAAGAUAAGUUUAUUUCUGGUAUGUUGGGGUGGAAUUCUGCUUUAAUAGAUGUUAUUUAUUUAAACAAUAUGCAUAUAUGUAGUAUAUGCAUGGUGUAUAUAAAGAAAGACAUGGCAGUACAGCCAGAUAUUGGUUAAGUAGCAGAGAGGUCUGGAAUAAGUUGAAUAGGGUCUUUGUAAGUCUAAGAAGAACGUUAUUGAAUACUUGGUUUUGUGCGCAGAACACAGAAAGCAAAACAGCAGGAAACAUAGUAAAUGUUGAUCUAUUUUAUUGCUAACCCUAACCCUUAAAAUAUAGCAUAUACUUAAAAUAUAUAUCAAAACAAGAUAGAAAUAAAUACAGAGAGAUUUAAAAAAAAUAAUUAUCAUAUAUUUUACUAUCAUCAUACAUAUGCAGGUCACCUAUUUAAUAUUUAAGGGCCUGUUCAAUUAUUUUGACAAUGCAGUUUCCCCUCAUUUCCAUCAGAAUAAUAUGUUUAUUACAUUACAUUUACAUACAUUGUACAUUUCUAAUUAUAUUCAUACAAUAAUAAAAUUUGACUAACAAUAAUAA